AUGCGCGACCCGAUCUUCGCGAAGGUUGCCUACCGCCUGAAGAAGCAGAGGAUUGACGUGAACACGGUGGACAAGAUGAGGGUCGAUGUCCGAAAAGCCGUGGCCGCAGCAGAGAGACGCGCGAAAGAGGCCGAGUCAGAGCAGGCGACCGUCUGA